AUGGUAUUAUGUACCAAUUGCAACUCACGAAAUGCCGUUGUCCGCAGAUCUUUCACCGGGCACUUUAAUUGUAAACAGUGCUUUAUAGAAUCUUUCGAAACCGGUGUUUACAAUUACAUAACUAGCAAUAAUUUGAUUUCUGAUGGUGAUCGCGUCUGUAUAGGAGUUUCCGGCGGUAAAGAUUCCUCUGUUUUAACCCACGUUCUCUUCACUAUUAAGAACCGGUACAACUUGAACUGGAACUUGUAUCUGCUGGCCAUCGAUGAGGGAAUUAAGGGUUACAGAGACGAUUCGCUCCUAAUUGUCGACCAUUUGUAUGAUAAAUAUAAAAUUGAACUCAAAGUGCUUAAUUUUAAGGAUACAUAUGGGCUGACCAUGGACCAAGUGGUUGCGCUCAUCGGCAAGAAAAACAAUUGCACAAUCUGCGGAUCAUUCAGAAGACAGAUACUGGAGAUAGGAGCAAGGCUAUUUGACGCAAAUGUGCUGUGUACAGGCCACAACGCAGACGAUAUGGCCGAGACGGUGUUGUUGAACCUGUUUAGGGGUGAUCUGUACAAGCUGACAACUUCCAUCAACAAUGUUAAUAACGAUACUGAUAGAAGGGCGAACGGGCCUAAAGUCACGGUACCGGUCACCAAAUUAAAAAGAAUAAAGCCCCUUAAGUACACAUUUGAAAAGGAAAUUGUUAUGUAUGCUAGGUUCCUGUCACUCAAGUACUUCUCCACGGAAUGUAUAUACUCGCCCGAGGCGUAUAGAGGGCACAUGAGAUCGUUUAUCAAAAAUCUGGAAAUCAUAAAUCCGAAAAUCAUAUUAAACAUUAUACACUCGGGGGAUAGAUUUUUUUCAGACUAUACACCGGUCGACAACAGCGGAAAUACAUGUAUUAAAUGUGGGAUAGGUAACGUGAAGAACAUUUGCAAGCCAUGUGUAAUAGUUGAACAGUUAAAUGUGUUAAAAUACAACCGAGCACAAAAAACAAGCCAGUUAAAUAGUUCACAAGUCGAUAAGGAGGGGAAGCAGAGUCAUUUGGAUAAUUCGGAUCCUCAGGGCUCAGAAGAGUAUAUAGACAAAAAAUUAGAUUCUAAGACUACUCACAGUAAAAAGUACGAAAAACAACAUCACAGGGACGACACACACACGAAAGCCCUAACAAUAAAAUACGAAAGUGCAAAAUGA